AUGGCGCACUUGUACAGAAAUCACGAAAUCUCAGACGUGAGCAUUCUCAUAUAAUAUGUGUAGUAGGUUAUAUGAGUAUAAACUAUAAAGUUGACAUUAUUUACUUGACGUUUAAACAGACCUCUGGGACAAUUUAUUACUGACAUAAAUAAUGAGUGGAGGAAUCGUGCCUAGUAAAUCCACAGUCUACAUUUCGAAUUUACCUUUUUCUUUAACAAACAAUGACAUACAUCAACUUUUACAGAAUUAUGGAAAAAUUGUAAAGGUAACAAUAAUGAAAGACAAAGUCACAAGGAAAAGUCGUGGGGUUGCAUUCGUAUUAUUUCUCACGCCUGAGGAUGCUUUUACUUGUGCGAAGAGUUUAAAUGAUACACAGAUAGGUGGUCGAACAGUAAAGAGUUCUAUUGCGAUGGAUAAUGGGAGAAGCACCGAAUUCAUACGUAGGCGAGAUUAUCCAAACAAAUCUCAAUGUUACGAAUGUGGAGAAGAGGGCCAUUUAUCAUACAAAUGUAAGAACAAUACAUUGGGACCUAGAAACCCUCCAUUAAAAAAAAUCAGGAACCGGAAAAAGCAUAAGGGUGGUGAUCACCAAGCGAAUGAUCUUAAUAGAGCAAGCGAUGACGAAGGAGUUGAAGAAAAUUGGGAUGAAGAAGUAGAAACACUUAGUGCUGCCAUUGCAUUAGAGCAAAGACAAAAGGAAUUGGAAGGCAAUAGAAGGUAUGAAGAAGAAAAUCAGCCAGCUCAAAAGCCAGGCAAGAGAUAUAAAAGGAAUCAGUAUUUCAGUGAUGAAGAAGACUUUAGUGAAUAAGUAAAUUCGUUUAAAAUAACGUACAUAGAAUAAUAAAAGCAAACUUGUAAUAUAGCCUUGUAUAUAUCUGUAAAUAUAUUAGACAUGUAAUCUA